CGCGAAGACCUCAAGGACGACGCACUCCAACACCGCAGCGGGAACCCCUACGACUUCAUGAACGACGAGCUAUACAAGCAAUGCACCCUCGCAGUACGAGGACAAGAAAACAAGCUCGACGAGAAUACGAAGAGGGCAAUACUCCACAACAUACCACGAGUACUAGCAAAGGUCGUCCACGUCGGCUGCCCACUCGAAAAGCAGAAGAAGUGGGUGAAACACGCGAUCAGAUCAGCGCUCAAGAGCGCCGAUAAACCCAUGAGCGGGCUAGCAGCGACGAUGCCAAUGAAGAAACCAGGCUACGACUGGUUCAUAGCAAUCCUCACUAGAGAGGCGUACGACGUGCUCAAAGACCUCAGGGCCCUUUUCGAUCCACGCUCCAAUACACUAGUCCUCCUGCGACAAUGGAAACUCCGGCCAGACGCAACACAAACAUUACGAUACGAAGGAAUCGUCACCAAAGAGGACUUCAUCGAAGGGGAGAUAGAAGCAGUGACCAACAAUUUCAAGGACGAGCUUGAAGAAGAACUGAAGAAAGGCGCAGAGCUUGGAGGCAUCCAGCUGACCAAGAUAGUGCACCUCAAGAAGGAGCCACCCACGUCCACCCUUGUCACCUUCAGCAUCUCCGGCGCGCACGUGCCCCAGCUGAUCCAACCCUGGAACCUCCCAAAGAAGUUCAUCGUGGGCCAAGCAACACGACGAGAUAUCCGGGCCUACUGGCCGGCAAAGUGCAACCUUUGCCACUCAGAAGGACAUCUCGAAGCAGAGGUAUGCCCAUGGACCAAACUUGACCUCGGCAAGGACGCCAAGAUCAGCACAACCAACGCAAAGAUUCUCGAACCUGGACAACAGGAACGAAAGAAGCGGAAGAGGGAAGGUGAUGAUGAACCUAUUACGUCAUGGCUCGAGGAUGCACGGCCCAUUAAGCGAAUGAAGAAGGCGACAGGCAAGGAGAAGGAGCAGAACUUGACAGGUGCAGACACAGAGAAUGGAGACAGAAUGGCCACAGACUAA